GAUUCUUGCUGGCAACCCUCCGCCCCCUCUCCCCUUCAAUUCCCUUAAACCCUAAUCUUCUCAUAAAAUCACCAACACCUGAAGGCCUUUUUUCGCAACAAUUAAUCCCCAAACUCCAAUGCCCUAGAAAACCCCACUUCAAAAAAAUAUGGCAAACAUUCUUCUUCAACAACUUUUCAUUAGCGCCCUUUUCACUCUCUCACUUUCAACUCAUUUCUGUCUCUCAUCCUCUAAACAAUCGGCAACUAUCUACGAUAUCCUUAGAUCAAACGGAUUACCAAUGGGUUUGUUACCGAAAGGCAUCACCAAUUUCACUUUUGACGAUUCGGGUCGGUUUGAGGUUCACUUGGAUCAAGCUUGUAAUUCCAAGUUCGAGAAUGAAUUUCACUACGAUCGGAAUGUUUCCGGCACGUUGACUUAUGGCCAGAUCGACGGAGUCUCGGGUAUUUCAGCCCAGGAUUUGUUCAUGUGGUUUACUGUUAAGGAAAUCCGGGUCGAUAUUCCCAGUACCGGUUUGAUAUAUUUUGAUGUGGGUGUUGUGCAUAAACAGUUUUCUUUGUCUUCGUUUGAUACACCAAGGGAUUGUUUGGUUGCUACUAUGUCUGUUAAUAAUCAGCUCAUCAUUCAGAGUGUGCCUAAGAGGCUAUCAAGAAAACUCCGGACCCCAAAUCACCACCUUCAAGAAAAUUUAAUGGCAGUUUUGUGAAUUUGAAGUUGUUGGCUGCAUAAAGGUGAUUAAAUUUAAAAUGGCACAAUAGCUCAAUCAAGUUAUGGGUAUUUCCGUUCCUUGUAUGUACAUGUUUUUUUCUAGAAGAUCCGAAAAUCUUGUGGUGUUCUUGGUUUUGGGUGUUCUUUAUAUAUAAUAGUAUAGAGUCUGCAAACAAGUCGCAAAUCGACAUUUUUGAAAGGAUAUGAAGAACACAAUGCAGAAGAAUGUGAAUUUUCAAAGUAAUACAUAUUGGAGCAAGGGAUCAAAGGUUGUAUAUCAGGUGAUCAUACGAGUUUAUUUUAAUUCAUAUUUAAAAUCAUAAAACCAUUCGUUCAUGUAUGAAUUCUGUUUUUGUAAUGUUAAGUACUAAGUCAUACCUACUUCUUGAUCGAAUAAAUAAGAAAUAUAUUGGAGU